AUGACAACAUUUGACUUCUCGGACAUAGAGGCGUUUUUGGACUGCCAUCCAGAUCUGUUCGAGGAGUAUCUCGUCCGAAAGGCGAAAUGUGAUCAGGUAACCAGGUGGCUGAAGGAGCACCAGCCGUCGAAAGUGCCCACAGCCGAGGAGAGGCGCGGCGCUGCCAGGGACCCGCUGGACCCGCUCUGGCCGACGAACCCGGACGGGCUCCGGCGCAGGUCGUCCCACAUGGAGCUGCGACGGAACUUCGCACGCUCCAAAGCCACCACCGCACACCGGACCUACGACGAGCAUGUGAGCCUGAGCGAACACGAGUCCCAGUCCAGCAUGAGGCGCCGUGCGCUCCUGCGUAAAGCCAGCUCCCUGCCUCCGACCACGGCGCACAUCCUGAGCGCCCUGCUCGAGUCCAGGGUCAGCGUGCCUCAGUACGCGUCCAGCGCCAUCGACUACAAGUACAGACUGAAAGAAACCAACGAGAGGGAGUUUUUCCUGGAGCUGGUGAAGGACAUCUCCAACGACCUGGACCUGACAAACCUCAGUUACAAGAUCCUGAUCAACGUGUGCAUCCUGGUGGACGCGGACAGGUGCUCGCUCUUCCUCGUUGAGGGGCCCGCGCACAAGAGGACUCUGGUGUCCAAGUUCUUUGACGUGCACUCGGGCACCACUGUCAGACCGUCCUCCAGCACACUCAACUCCAACGAGGUGCAGGUGGCGUGGGGAAAGGGAAUCAUUGGAUACGUGGCCGAGCAUGGGGAGACUGUGAACAUCUCAAACGCAUAUGAGGACCACCGCUUCAGUGAUGAGAUAGACAAGCUAACGGGCUAUAAGACGCAAUCCAUCCUCUGCAUGGCCAUCUGCAACAGCGACGGAGAAGUCAUCGGUGUUGUGCAAGCAAUCAACAAAAACCCCAUCGGCACUCCCUUCACCGAGGAUGAUGAGAAGGUACUGCAGAUGUAUCUACCAUUCUGUGGAAUAUCGAUCUCCAAUGCCAAGUUGUUUUCAGAGUCUCGCAAGGAGUAUGAGAGGAGUAGGGCUCUGCUGGAGGUGGUCAACGACCUGUUCGAGGAGCAGACCGACCUGGAGAAGAUUGUCAGGAAGAUCAUGCAGCGAGCGCUCACCCUGCUGCAGUGUGAACGCUGCUCCGUGCUUCUCCUCGAAGACAUCGACUCACCCGUUGUGAAGUUCUCCAAGACCUUUGAGCUCAUGUCUCCGUUGUGCAACAUGGACCAUGACAUCAGCAUGGAGAAGCUAUCGUGCUCUGAUUGGCUGAUCAAUAACAGCAUUGCUGAGCUGGUGGCUUCCACAGGACUGCCUGUUAACAUCAGCGACGUAUGUCAGGACCCACGCUUUGAUGCAGAGGCGGAUCAGGCUUCAGGGUUUCACAUCAGAUCAGUGCUCUGUGUGCCUAUCUGGAAUCGAACUCAUCAGAUAAUCGGCGUCGCACAAAUUCUGAAUCGCCUGGACAGAAAGACCUUCAACGAUGCAGACCAGAGACUGUUUGAGGCAUUUGUGAUAUUCUGUGGACUUGGAAUAAACAACACUAUGAUGUACAACCAAGUUAAGAAGACGUGGGCCAAGCAGUCUGUAGCACUGGAUAUGCUCUCUUACCAUGCAACCUGCUCCAAAGUAGAAGUUGACAGACUCAAGGCAGCUAAGAUCCCCCUGAGCAGUGAGUUAGGCAUUGACGAGUUUCACUUCAACGACUUCUCAUUGGACAAUGACGCCAUGAUCACCGCAUCACUCCGGAUGUUUCUGGAGCUUGGCGUUGUCCAAAAGUUUAAGAUUGACUAUGAGGUACUGUGUCGCUGGCUUCUGACUGUGAGGAAGAAUUAUCGAACUGUGGCCUAUCAUAACUGGAGGCACGCCUUCAAUGUGUCGCAGUGCAUGUUCGUUAUGAUCACAACAGCCACUUUCCAGGAUGUCCUGUCAGACGCAGAAAUACUGGCAUUGAUGGUUGGCUGUCUGUGUCAUGACUUGGACCACAGGGGCACCAACAAUGCUUUUCAAGCUAAGACAGGUUCUGCUUUAGCCCUGCUCUACGGGACGUCAGCCACCUUGGAGCAUCAUCACUUCAACCAUGCAGUCAUGAUCCUACAAAGUGAGGGUCACAAUAUCUUUGCAAACCUCUGCUCUAAAGAGUACAGCAACAUGAUGCAACUAUUGAAGCAGGCUAUUCUCUCCACAGACCUUACUCUGCACUUUGAGCGCAGAACCAAGUUCUUUGAGUGUGUUCUGUCUGGAGAAUUCAGCUGGACAGAUGAAGGACACAGAGAAGUUCUCAGGUCCAUGCUGAUGACAGCGUGCGAUCUAGGCGCAGUCACUCGUCCUUGGAAGAUUUCCAAACAGGUUGCAGAGCUGGUGACGAGUGAAUUCUUUGAACAAGGUGACAGAGAGAGGUCUGAGCUUAAGUUGACCCCAGCAGCCAUAUUUGACCGCAAUCGUAAAGAUGAACUACCUGCCUUACAGCUGGAGUGGAUAGAUGGGAUAUGUAAACCCCUUUACCAGGCACUGCUGAAGCUCAACAGGAAGUUGCAGCCAAUGGUUGAUGGGAUUGACGCCAACCGAAAUAAGUGGCAGGACCUCUGCUCGUCCUAUCAGCAGACGCGCAGAGCCUCUAUCUCCAAUCAGAGUGCUGAUUCAGAUCAGAGUCCUGAGCCCCUUGAAGAUGCAGAAACCAGUCAACACCCAGACUCAGGAGAGACGCUAAAACCAACUGAAAUCACCAAGUUUGGGGCUAAGUGCAGUCAUGAUGUGAGAACCAGAGUUAAUGACAAACCAGCAACAGCUGACAACGCAGCAUCUGCAAGGAAGAAGUAAAAGCAAGCCAGGUGUUAUGUGCAGUAUAGGUUGAUCCAUUUAACGGCUCACGUGGGACUCUUCCCAUUUCCUGUGAUUUUCUAACACAUGCACUACCUGAACAAGAUUUUUUUUAAAAAUCUGAGUAAAUGAAACGCGGGUUACCAUCUGUUGAGCACAUUGUUUGUGUCACUGUGUUAAACUCAGGAGCGUGAAUAAUUCCAAUUAUGAAACUGUAUUUGAAGGCCUAUCUAUCUAUCUAUCUAUCUAUCUAUCUAUCUAUCUAUCUAUCUAUCUAUCUAUCUAUCUAUCUAUCUAUCUAUCUAUCUAUCUAUCUGGAAGCCUUUCAUUACCGACAUGUAAAAGAGACGAGAGAUUACUGUUGAAACCAAAGAGGGCCAGUUAUCACUGUAAUGUUUUGUAAUGGGAACUGCCUCAAACCAUGAGCCCAUUGGAAUGCCUUUGCAAAACAAAAAGGAAUCACUGUGAUUUCUCUCCGUCACGUAAAUUGUGUCACAAAAUUGCCAUUUUGAAUGUAGACUGGUGGAACAUGAUCAUGUUCCUGAAUGUUUCUCACUGACUGGCUGUCUUACCUCAGUUGCAAAUCCUUUGGCUGCAUGGCAUUAUUUCUAACAUUUGUAGCUUGACCGAACCUUCAGCCGUCAUCUUGCUCAGCGCACUGCAUGUAUGUGUCAUAAUGGUGAUGUACAUUGCCACAUGAAAACCUUGAGGCAGAUAGAGAAGU